GACCCACUUCCCGUCUUCCGGUCGGGUCUCUUCCUCUCGGGGAGCAAGGUCGUGAGUGCGCGAAGGCUUUGAGGUUUGCGGCCAUUUCUCCCGCCUUGCGUCUCUGCACCUUUCGCGGAGGCUCCAGCGGCACCAUGUUGGGGCAGAGCAUCCGGAGGUUCACAACCUCUGUAGUGCGUCGGAGCCACUACGAGGAGGGUCCCGGGAAGAAUCUGCCAUUUUCUGUGGAGAACAAGUGGAGGUUACUGGCUAUGAUGACCUUGUACUUUGGAUCUGGUUUUGCGGCACCUUUCUAUAUAGUGAGGCACCAGCUGCUUAAGAAAUAAGGAUGUUGUAAUUCAUCCCCUUUCGCAGAUGGGAAGAAUUUCUCAAGAGGUGUAAUGUCUGGAAACAGAUCAAACUUAAAUUGACAUGGCAUACUAGACAUGUUUGUAAAUAAACUGAUGACAUGAAUACCUAAUGCUUCUGCUCUGAAAUACAGAAUAUUAUUACUGA